UCGGCUCUCGCUAGCUAAUAUCCUCUUGGUCUUUUUUCUUUUUCUGUUAAAUCUCUCGCUAUCGCGCGGUCCACACCCGGUCCACCCGGCUACCCGUGACUAUACAUCGUGACGAUCGUCUGCGAGAGACUGCGCGUUCAGCCGCACACACGGGUCCCACGAGAGAGAGAGAGCGAGAGCGAGAGCGAGAGCGAGAGCGAGAGCGAGAGCGAGAGAGAGAGAGAGAGAGAGACUCGUCAGCGAACUCGAUGAACGAACACGCGGUCAGUCACGAGCACCCCGAGUGAUUUUCAUUCUUAUCGUGUGAGACUCCGUCUCGUUCUCCUCGCCCCCUGCCGCUGUCGUCGCGUUUUCUGCGACGCGAGGUAAGAUGGAGACGAAGACGGAACCGUUGACGCCGCCGCAGACACCGCCGUCGGUCGAGAGGCCGAUUAAUCAUGCCAAUCAGCAUCACCAAUCGCCUCCGCAACAACAGCAACAUCAACAAUUGCCGUUCUCGUCCUCGAGGUGGAGCCGAGCUCAUCAUAUCGUCGGCACGAGGUAUCUGCAGCAGCAACACAUGCAAGCGGUCCAGCACAACACCGGCGGUUAUCACACGUCUUUCUUGGACAAUUGGUUCCUGAGGGGCGCGGCCCUGCUGGCCGUCAGGGGUUGCUGUCCUCAGACGCAUCCUCACGCUUAUAAUCACCAUCAUCAUCACCACGCUCAUCAGAACCUGCUGCCGGUACCGCCACCGGCGUCGUUUCUCGCGCGAAGAAUACCCGGCCAGAGGCCGAAGAAACAGUUCAUUUGCAAGUUCUGCAAUCGGCAGUUCACCAAGAGCUACAACCUGCUGAUCCACGAGAGGACGCACACCGACGAGCGGCCGUACUCGUGCGACAUUUGCGGCAAAGCCUUUCGCAGGCAGGAUCAUUUGCGGGACCACCGGUACAUACACAGCAAGGAGAAGCCGUUCAAAUGCAACGACUGCGGCAAGGGAUUCUGCCAGAGCAGGACCCUGGCGGUCCACAGGAUUUUACACAUGGAGGAGUCGCCGCACAAGUGCCCGGUCUGCGGACGGAGUUUCAAUCAGAGGAGCAACCUGAAGACGCAUCUCCUCACGCACACGCCGCCCGACGUCCCGCAGGACCUCCGGGUCGACACCAGCCCAGUGUCCUCAAAUUCGAGGAUCACCUCCCCCUCCACCGAGGUCAGGCAAUUAACGGAACGAAUGAGCAAUCUCUUGCCGCUUGAAAGAACCGAUCGCAGCACGAUCGCGCCUAUCAAGCUCGGCUUCACCAUAGAAGACAUUAUGAAACGUUAACUUGGCGAACACUGAAUGUCAGGCAAGUCUGUUCCUCAUCUCCCGUACGUAUACGCAUCGUGACUCAUUAUGGUGUUGAUGACUCGUUGAUGAGACUGCUACGAUUUCGAUUAGGUUUAGAUGUCGCCGCAUCGAGGCUAAUUUACACACGUAUAAAUAAAUAUAUAUAUAUAUAUAUAUGUAUAUUCUUCGUGGAGUCGUAACUCGAGACCGACGGCUUUCGGAUCCAGGAGAAUAAUCACGGAAGUAAUCAUUGUUUCUACGACUUCCACCGAAGCUGCGAGUUUCCCACCAGCAAGCGUUCUAAACCCGACGUUAAGUUAUUAUUACGCAUCUCUUUCUUUCUUUCUCUUUCUUUCCCACCCACGGAAGUCGGCUCACCGUCGCGCUGCAAACGGUGCAGGCCAGGUACCACCGAGCGGCACAAACAUCAUCAGCCGUCUUCUCCGAUUUCGCGAUGCGAGGCCUUCGGAGCCGUGUUCUAGUCACGAGCGUUUCCCCGCUCGCUCGCAAGGUAUCGCAAGGAAACUUUUCGUCUUCUUCGUUUCGGAUAUCCACCAGUAAUUGAGGAAAGUGGGAGUAAUUUCGACCGCGUGGAGUUAUUUCACGGGGAACAAUUUCACGAUGUGCACGGCGCCGCAGAGCGUCGUUCCUUCGUCGUCCAACGAGCGACGAGUUGUCUGCUUGAUCGAAACGCGCGGAGAGAGAGAGAGAGAGAGAGAGAGAGAGGGAGAGGGGGGGGCAGAGGGUGACUUUGAUAAUUUCCCGGGAUUUUAUUCCAGGAUCGAUUAGACACAUGCAACAACGCACAUGAUUACAGCGGCGGUACUGCAGCAGAGACGAGCGAAAUUGCCUUGCGCUUUAAACAAAAUGCAAAUUACAACGAAAUAACUAAUAUCGUCAACGAUAACAACGCAGAACGCCGACGGAGAGACUCUAAUUCGCGUCCUCUCGCGUUCAAGUAUUUCGCGCAUGGGAAUUCCGUGUGGGCUGUUAUCAAGUACAAUUAAAAGGCAUUAACUCACACGGCUGAUUUGUCCGUUGUCCCGAGUUUCCGUUUCAUCGACGAUCCAAUGCAUACACGUAUCAAUAUUACCCGAUGGAGCGAGGCGAUGAUGAAUUAUCGGGCGUUUUUCUCGGAGCACGAUUUGCUCGCACGUGUAUAAUUAGUGUUUCGUGAUAUUUAACGUAACUAGGAUAAUUUUAUUUUUAACAGAAGAGAAAGCAGAGAGACAGAUGCGAAUUCGAGGGAUUUCGUUUGUAAUACAUCGACAAUCGCUAACAAUCACCGUUUGGAUCACCUUUCUCCGUAUACAUCGUGCGAUUUUUUCUAAAUGUUGAAAUACUUGAUAUAAAAUAUACUGUAAGUUACCGAAUUUGUUUAUAUCAAGCAUAUAUUUUGUUUAUUCCACCCACAAUUUGACGAAACUCGUAAGAUUGUAAUUUCUAGCAGUUUCCUCACUGCACUCCCUACUUUGACUAUCAUUUUUCUUUUCAGAAAAUUCUCUUCUCUUCCAUAUACGAUUUUUUGCGUACUCUUGAGAUAAGUUACGCAAAGGUUACUUCGUCAAGAGAACUUUUAUCGCACGUUGACAUUAAUUUCAUUAUUCAGCAGGUCAGAAUGCUCAUAGAUUCUUGUGUAUUAUAUACUUCCUCCUGUAAAUAUGCUAAUGAAUAUUUAUUGUUUUAACGAAUAAGUCUUGUGAAUAGUUAAUGACCUUUCAGGAUAUUAUCUGGCUUUUGCAUAAAGCGCGUGCGUUUGUACAUAUGCUCUUAACUGUGUAAAUGUAUGUGUAUACGUGUGCAUAUUCGCGUAUACGCGCACAUAUAUGUAUAUUUAGAUAUUGUAAUAUAUUCUUAGAGGUAACACACCAACAUAUAUACGUAUUUAUAGAUACUCUUACUAGACGCUGUAAUCCGCGCGCGAUGCACGAAAGCAGUAUAUUCCCCGCACGUACGAAUCGAAAACUGCGCGCGUGUUUGCACGACUAAUUUCCUCUCUAACUCGUCACCUGACGACACGACGAAGCAUUUAGUUUCUAAUGACGAGAUGCGACGUUGGUACAGACUGUUGGCGCGUCAACUCAAUCGCGAUCGCUGUCCAACCGACGAGACUUUCGAUCGUGCGCUUUCUGACGUAAUUUACUUGAUCCGAAAGAUAUUUACACACGCGACACACCGAACUCGAUUGCCAUCGAGAAGAAUUAACCAAAUAAUUGGAGCAAUUAAUUAGCGAACGAUUAGGAAUUUUAGGCAUUUAUUCGCAGCAUGUGCGAGCGACUUGAGACGCUUGCGAGUACUUUGCGUUUCCGAGGUGACGUCAAGCAUUAAAAAUUAUUGCUCGGACAGUGCAAUGACCAGUCGGACAGUGCAAUAAAUCUCGAGAGGAUCGCGCGAUACCGUUUUAAUUGCGCUUGGGAGUCACGGGGUCGCGCGUUAACGGGAGAGGAAGAGGAGGAGACAUCGCUCGUGUCCCGGGAGAGAUUUUUCUUACGGCUCUCGAAAGGUGUACGGUGUCCAGUUCCUAAAAGUGCGUUCACAGUUACGAUUCGGUCGGCAGGCGUCGGGAUAAUUGAUUGUUCGCCCGGCGAGACAAGGAUCUACGCGCCGUGAGAGGUGCGACGACGUUAGCUGUGCCGAUGUCGCGCGCGCGCGCGCGCGCGUAUAUCGACGCUGUUAACCGGCUUUCCCGCCCCGGGUCGUUAGACAUCCUCGCGCGUUUUUCCCGUAAAAUUAGAAAUUUAGAUCAGAUAAGGCCGCUCUGGAGGAAGAGCAGAAGGACAAUCUCGUUGGCAGUUAACCGCGGCACCUUCGCCCAUCUCGGUGCCACCGGCGCGGCGAGCCGCGCGAGUGAGGUCCCGAAGAUCUUCCUCUUUUAAUCUAGGAGUGAGAUACCGCUACCCGUGUAGACCACCCACGCCUCGCAUUAAGUCUGUAUCGGAAUACCCGCAGUCCCCCUCGCGUGAAACAGAUUGUACUCGGUGAAUUCGGUGUCGAUUCUCCAUUAGGGGAAUAACACCCGAUGAUAGUCGUGUCGAGUCGGGCGGGUUUUCGUCCUUUCGUUCGUUCGUAUUUUUCAUUCAUUCGUGCGCGACUGGUGUUUCAUUCGGAUUCACACCGAAGACACCGUUCGAUAACGAGGACUCGAGCGACGAGACGAAUUUUCAUUCCGAUUUAAUUUACCGAGCAUUUACCGAGGAACUUAGAGAUGGCUAUGAGAAGAGAGAGAGAGAGAGAGAGAGAGAGAGAGACGUUCAUUUGAUCCUUGACACAUCGGUGUUUCCUAUUUCAUUUUCACGUGACACACACACACACACACGCGCGCGCGCGCGUUCCCUCCCCCCCUCCAGUUCCUUUCCUCUUUCUAUUAGUUACCAUUAAUUUAUAAGAUCACUGUAAAUAUACGUAUACAUAAUAUGCGUGUAGAUAUAACAAUGUACUCGUGAGUGUCAACUGUCUUUACACUGUCGUGUGCUUUCGUUCUUAAAUCGUCGUCCAUAACCCGACCGAGUCCUUUCGAUUCUUAUCGAUGUGCCGAUAACGCGAGAAUUAAAGGUGCGGCUGUUUGUUAAUAUAUUAUCGGUCUUACCAAAUAGAAAGAGAAGAACGAGAGAAUACCUCACCCUAGUCGAACGUAGAACGUACUUCUUUGAAUGUUGUUGUUAUGAAUUGAAAAAUAAAAACUCAUACACAAGAGAACAUGCGCGUGUCUUGCUGGUGCAACAACAGUCUCGUCUUUUUCUCAAAAUUUCACCCGUCUUUUCAUUUUGACUCUCUACAAUUUGAGGUUAUGAGACA